AUGCACAAUAAGACAUUAAAAGUCACCAACAUGUCAAAUAAAUCAAGUAAAAAACGAAAUUUUCGUAAAAAAACAAUAUUCUCUGAAGAUAGGGAAGAAAAAUCAUUUUAUAAACCAAAGAUUGCUGUCGAUGAAGAUUCGGACGACGUGAGGCAAGAUUUCCAAUUUCCAAAGUAUUUUGUUACUCGUAGUGAAACACUCGAGGAACUUAUAGAACUUCGUAAGUAUCGCCGAAGGCCUCAAGGGAUUGACGCAGAAAAACUUUCAAAAGGAGAAGCAAAGGCAAAAAAAAAGAGAAAGGAGGAGGAUCCACGAAAGUCGAUUGCAGGUGGACUGACCGAUGUAGAUUCUGUUGGAGAAGAAGAAAGAGACUCCGGCGAAGAUGUUGUCGAAAAAAAGAUCAUGCUCGAUUCGUUCACAAAACAAACAAAUACAUUAGACGUCGAUAAGCAUAUGAUGGCGUACAUAGAAGAGGAAAUGCGCAAACGUAGGGGACAACCAGCAAAUUCAAAAAAUGAUGUCGAUGAUGCUGAACCAGCAGGACCUUCUGAUCCUCAAGAUGAACUAUUCCAAGCACCCGAACAUUUACGGAUUGAAAGCAAACCAAUAUCAGAAGGAAAUGUACAGCUAUCGACUACUAUGCUUACUGCUAUACCAGAAGUAGAUCUAGGGAUAGAUGUCCGACUAAAGAAUAUAGAAGAAACAGAAAAGGCAAAGCGCAAGUUACUAGAACAGCGGCAUAAUAAACCUAAAGAAGAAAAAGACACUUUUGAAGGAUCAAAUUUUUCUGCCACCAACAGAUUCUAUCGAACCCGACCUACUGUUAGCGAUCACGAAAGAGCAAACCCGGAUCAACAAAAUCCAAACCCUCAUCAUAAUAAGCCUGGAGCACGUCGGGAAAUGGCAACAGAUGAUAUUGUAGCAGAGAGAUUUAAAAAGCGGUUACGCAGAUGA